GCGCUGCAGUACUGUGAGAGAGGAGCAGAACUCAGCAGCUCAAACCGGGCGCUGCAGUACUGUGAGAGAGGAGUAGAAAUGCACACUCAGGCCUGAUGGGGAUCUGCCAAUCUUGAUGGGAUUUUUUCUUUUUUUGAAGUGAAGGACUUUUUUAAAGUGUUAUCAGCCUAAUGUUUGGUUUAAAUGUAAUCUAAAACAGUGUUUCUCAACCCUGGUCCUGGGGACCCACUGUAUGCUGGUUUUUACCAAACGUCAAUCUUUUUAUCAAUUAAGGUUGUUGAAAAUGUGUUUAAAUUCUACCAUAAUUUUGUGGGUAAACUUAUUUUAACACAGCAGAUUUUGCCAGAAAUUAGACCAACACAUUUAUUACAUUAUUACAUUAUUACAUUUAUUCACACAGAUCCUGUGGUGAAAAGACCCUGUGAUGUGUAAAUUCGUGAAGAGUUGCAGUAAGUUUGACCAGCCUGUCUUGGACCAUUAGUUUGGUCAGGUUCUGAAGUUUGUCUUCAGCGAUCGAGUGUUUUUAAUCCCUGAAAAUCAGUAUAAUUGUUUAAGCAUUUGCUUUUCAUUGGUUGAGUGUUUCCGAAAAGCACAAUGAUGUUAAGCAACGCGUUUAACAAAAAACAAGCAAGCUAUAACGGAACAGCGGGAGGUGUGGCAUACGGAGAGAGAUGGUCUGUAAUGGCAAAAAAUGAAAAUUUCCGACGGGACGCUACAAACGUUUGAACGCAUUCGAGUGGAGCCUCGCGACACGCGAACAGCUGCUGAAAAAGGGCGGGGCACCACCUGUGGCAGGCACGCCCUUCCCUGCUGUCUCCAAUGGCGAUGGAGCAUCACGCAGAGCGAGAGCCUGGCGUACUGCUCUAGCAGUUGAGGUGUUAAGAUCUGUUAAGCCGACGUCUCAAAACGUUCAUAUUUCCGUGGUAAUUUCUCUCUAUCGAAAUGAAUACACACCCUGAUUACAGAACGCACAAAGUUCACGUGUUUUAACAAUGUGGAAAUUUGGAGCAUUUACUGUAUCUCAGCUGUUAAAUUAAUUUCCAACAGGAAAAUUGUGUGAGUUGAAGGAUAGCCAAUCGAAAAUACAGGUUAAACCCAAAAUACUAUGUAAUACCCUAGAAAUUGCUAUAUUGCCUUCCUUUAUUUUAUUUCCUUAAGAGGACCGCAGACAUUUACACUAUGCGAAGGAUACGCGCAUGCUCAUAUUUUACGUGCUCGCUGCCGAUUCUGUGCGUGUUGACGUUACUUUUCCGUUGAUUGUUGGCUUCGCUCAUACUCGGUGACGGGGGACAGUAAAGAUGGCGUCGGCAGAAUUUCUGUGUGUGAUUACCCGGAGAAGAUGACGACUUUGAGUUCAUUAGCUCCGUCUCACACCGAAGUGUGCUCACUGUUCACUUAAAACAAUCUGAGGUAAAGACUAUAUCCCGCGAGGACUUGUUGACAGAGAUCCGAAAGCCGAAGACAGUCGCAAAAUAUAUAUAUAUAAAACAACCCAUGGAGGAUAUCAACUCUAACAUUAACGCAGACUUGGAGGUGCGGAAGCUUCAAGACUUGGUGAAGAAGCUCGAACAGCAGAACGAGCAGCUCCGGAGCCGGUCCACUCUCCUCGCCUCGUCGGGCGGCGUGUCAGGGAAUGUCAGACCCCUCAGCGCCGGAUUCGACUCGCCCCUGUCUGUGGGAGCAGCCACGGGGCUAGCCGGUUUCUCCGGGGUGGGGUUCGGAGGGACUAGGGGCUAUGAUGGGGUUUUGGAAAACUCCCGUUGUCUGAGCCCGAUACAAUCAUACGAUAGCCCGGGGUAUGGGAGGGCGUACGAGGGUGCUGUGGCAGCGGCUUCGGGGUCCUCUUAUAUUGAUGAUAUGGGGGAUUUCACCGAAGAUGGAGAAACUUCUGUCUUGGAUGAGGUGGAAAUCCUCGAUCUCGAAGACAUGGACUGUCUUAACGAGGAGGAGGACAGCUGGCUGUAUGAGGCGAAGAUAAACAGUCCGUUGCAGAAGGCAGUCAGCCCCAUCGCUUGGUGCCGCCAUGCCCUGGAUCACCCCAGCCCUGACAUGGAGUCCGCCAAGCGCUCACUCAUACACCGGCUCGACCUCACCAUGUCAGCGAGUAAGAGGAGGAGUCUGUACAGCGCCCCCUACAGUCCCACCACAGGAAACAGCCCCUACAGCAGCGGCUUCAACUCGCCGUCCUCCACACCUUCCAGGGUACCCACCGUCAAGCAGCUAGUACUGCCUGGCAGUGCAGGGCUCCAGAGGGCCUCGGUGGAGAGGACCCCUCCUCCUGCAGUGAGCCCGCAGUCGUCGGUGGACAGUGAGCUGAGCACCUCUGAGAUGGACGAGGACUCUGUGGGCUCCUCCAGCACCUACAAGCUCAACGACGUCACGGACGUGCAGAUCCUCGCCCGCAUGCAGGAGGAGAGUCUGCGGCAGGACUAUGCUGCCACGGCGUCUCGGCGCAGUUCGGGCUCCUCCUGCCACUCCCUGCGCCGCGGCACAUUCAGCGACCAGGAGCUGGACGCCCACAGCCUGGAGGACGAGGAGGAAGCCCUGCACCCCGCCUUCCACCCGCCCGUCAGCCGCUUCAGCCCCUCCCCUCGCCCCUCCCCCCGCCACUCCCCCCGAAACUCUCCUCGCUCCCGUUCCCCCGCCCGCACCCUGGAAUACGGCCACAGCCGCGGCUCCCCGCAGCCAAUCAUCAGCCGGCUGCAGCAGCCCCGCCUCUCCCUGCAAGGACACGCCCCCGACCUGCAGACCAACGCUGUCAAGAACGAAGAGAAGUUGAGGAGAAGUCUUCCUAAUCUGUGUCGGUCGGCAGUGGUUCCGGCUGCAGAGCCCGUAAAGAGCAGCAGGAGCUGCGACUCCAACCUGCAGGCCCCUCACCCCGCCCACCCCCGCCACCAGCCUCAGUCUGCCAUCCCCUCCCCCAGUAAGCUGCGAGCCCCGGCCACGCCCUCUCCCCUGGCACUGCGCCAGCCAGUCAAGGCCUUGUCCAGCACAGGCUCCGCCCCAUCCUCUGGCACGACCACGCCCACCCGCUCCCUUGGCCCCGCCCGCAGUGGCCUGCCACGCCCCAGCACCUCUGCAGGGGGCAGCCUCCCUGUACCGCGCAGCAAACUGGCGCAACCUGUCCGUAGGUCCCUGCCUGCCCCCCGCUCCUACGGUGGCAUGAAGGACGACAGCUGGAGGGAGGGCUGUUACUGAGGAGGGGUGCGGGGCAGAGUCUUUCACCCAAUCAGCACAGACUGGCAGAGAUGACCUGGUCGCACUUUAUCAGAAAAUUCUUCAAAGAAAAGAGAGAGAAGAAAAUCCAAAAUCAAAAAGGCAAAAAUAUAAACAGACAUUUCAUACAAUCAACAUUUCAUCCGACCCAAACUGACCCGCUCCGGCCAGAACCGACCCGCUCCAAUGCCAAAGAACCGCGCCGGGCCCGUGGCGGUGACACAGGGACCCGUUUACUCAGCACCGCCAAACCCGACACCGCGGAGAGCGUAACUCCGCCUGACACGUCAGAGGGGAGGGGCCUGGCCUGGCCAGCCGAGCCCUGAUUGGUCAGGGCCUCUCUGUGCUCUUGUAUCUAUGCACACGGCCCCCCCAGCAGUGCGUAACCUGCGGAUGCCGGCAAGCAGCCUGGGGGACGGCCGCUGACCUCUGACCCCUCCCCCAUUCCACGCCUGUGAAGUGCCUGAGUUGAUCAUAUUAAUCCCCCCCCCCCCCCCCCAGUACGAGCAGCUCACACACAUCUCUCUGAACUUCUCCGCCAGUACAGCCGGGACACUGCUCUCCUUCUCUCCCUCUCUUUCUUCCCGUCUUUCUCUUGUACUUUUAUUUACCCAGGAACAGACCAGCACCUGCCCAUCUCCCACUCUCCCCCUCUUCUGUCUCUCUCCCCCUCCCCCUCUCUCCAUUUCUCUUGUCUCCCCCUCUCUCCUGGUUUCUGGCUGUCCUGGGCUGCUGUAGGCUGUACUGUGCAGGUGACAGGAAGUAAGAGUGGCUGUACUGUGCAGGUGACAGGAAGUGAGAGUGGCUGUACUGUGCAGGUGACAGGAAGUGAGAGUGGCUGUACUGUGCAGGUGACAGGAAGUGAGAGUGGGCUGGCUGUUAAACAGCCUCCCAGGAUAAUUACAAAUCUAAAUUCCAUUUUCUGUCCACUGAGCUGAAAGAAGCUUCUCCUUUUAAUUUGUGAUCUUAUUUAUUUGAAUUUAUUUAACUUUUCUCUGCAGGAUGUAUAUGAAUGCAUACAUAACACAGUAUUCAUAUUUUAAUUGAUCAUAAUUGUUAGUUAUAAUUCUAAUUCUUUUAUUUGUUUGGAACCGUUUAAAAUAUCAGGAAGCUUAUUUUCAAAGAGAUUUCUCCAAAGCAUAUUAUUUUUCUGUAAUGUUGUCCUGUCUUGUGAUAUUGCUGUUUGUUGGGUUUAGCCCAGAGGAUGCAGGUUUUGGUGAAAUAUCACAGUGUGCUUUUAGAAGAGAUAGUUAUGAGUCAGUCAGUAAAAGUGCGCAUGUUGUCAUCCAGUGCUGUGCUCAGCAGAAUGGUGACGUCAUCAAAAAGCGCCUGUCUGCAGAUGAUGUCACAAUGGAGUGAUGAUGUCAUAAUGGAGUGUUAACUACAACAAAGGAAAGUGGAUGGUGCAGGCUGCCUUAUGUAAGGGAGUCCACAGCUGUUCGGCCCCUUGGCCCAGGGCUCCUCCUCAUUAAUGAGCAAGGGAAACGGCUCCAGGGAUUUCCCACAACCCCCCAUUCCUGCAUUUCAGCACAUGAAGCUUUGCUUCCUCUCACACUGUUCCCUGCAGGUGGACUCGUGCUCCUCCCUCAACCCACUACAUGCAGGGUGGAGGAAAUGCCCCAUCAGUUACCGCCAAGCACACACACACACACACACACACACACGCACGCGCACAUACACAGAGCCUAUAUCACAAAAGCACAUAGAGGGGUAUGACAAUUACUGUAGAUGUGUGCGUGUGUAUGUGUGUGUGUGCGCGACUGAGUGGGUGCAUGUGCGUGUGAUUGUGUGAGAGCGUGUCAGUGUGUGUGUGUAUACGUGCAUGAGUGUGUGUGUGCAUGCAUUCGUGCAUGUGUGUAUACGCUCUACAUCACUCUUGCUGUGCUAAACAGCAGGAGACUGAGGGGAGUCGUUCAAAGGCCUUCCCCAUAGGUGUGCGCUACAGUAAUGUUCCCCACAGAAACCAGUGCCUAUGAUUUCAUGAGUUCUGCUGUGGCUCAUUUUUGAUUGUGAUCUUUGUUUCCUUUUUGGUGCCAAUGACUUUAAUUUGCCAAUUUACUCGUGUAAGAAAGCCCAACCUGAUCUCUGCUCGAGGUUUUAAAAAUGCAAUGGUGAAUGCUUUUUGUUUUUGCAAUUGCCUAAAAAAAAGUUUAUAAGUUGCUCCUGAAAAGUAUGUUGAAUAUGCGCCUUUGAUAUUUGAAAACAAAAAUAGUCCCGUGAGAGAGGUAUUUAUUGAGUUGUAUUGCAGGAGGCUCUUGAACAGACCAGGCCAUUUUGUGCGAUUGUUUUGUUUACAGUCUUUUAUAUCCACAACAUGACUUAAGAUUCCGCUUGUAAGGUCACAUUUCAAAUAAAAGUUUAGAAACUUCUGA